AUGAAGGUGAAUAAAAAUUUAUAAGAUGCAAUUAUUAAUCUGAAUUCUUUAAGUAUUCCAAGGACUGAAAUUGUUAUUGGAAGAAUAUUUAGCAAGCCUGGAUAAUUAUACAAAGAUUUAUUUACAGAGGAUGAGAUUAAGAAAUUUCAAAAUAAUCUGAAUAUUUCUGAAUAGUAAUUAGCAAACAUUGUAAAUGCAUUCACUUUUGUGUUAAUGCAUGUCGUGGCAGAAAGAAAUUUGACUUAAGUUGAAGAAGUAUUAGCAUAAAAUGGAAUGUCCUAAGAUCACAUUGAGGUUUUUAGACAAUAAUGGAUACAAUAUGGAAAUGAGUAUUCAAUUAGAAUAAGAGAAAAACCAAUUGCUGUUUAAGACGUAUUGCAUUCAUUUAAUUGGAAAAUCAGUUUAUAAGUUGAUGAAUCAAGAUUACCAUAAAAGAAUGUAGCAAAUUUCAUGAAUGUUGACGGUAAAAUUGAAGAUGCUAAUGAUUUAUAUUCGUACGACGCAAGAAAUCCAGCAACGACUUUUGUAUUUGAAACGAAGCCAUCAGGAGAGACUAAUAAAGUUGAUAAAUUCAGCAUUAAAUUUUAGAAGGCCUAGAUUUAAGAAUUAUUUGAAAGUUUGGAAAGUAUUUAAGAAAGUUUGGAUAAAUUAAUUUGAUAAUAUUAUUAUCAUUAUAUUUAAUUAAUGAGUAAUUACAUAUA